AUGGAGCCUGUGAAGAUUCUUGACGUUUUAUUGGCCUAUCUGAGUGGCGUCGCUCACAUCGAGCUGAGGGAUGUGAAAUUCCUGUUCAGCGCUUGUCCCGAUUCAUCGCUCGAUGCACUCCUCGCCAGGCUCGAAGGGCAGUUUUUGCGCCAACUGCCUGGACGCGACUAUUGUGAGCGUCCGGAAUCGCUUGCAACGCGUGCCAGCCUCAUUCUCGGCCUCGUCUUCCCCACACUCAACGGGACCAUCACCAUCAGAUGGAGAGACUACCGCCCGAACCAUGCUCAGUGCCGCAUCCAAGCGUCCCACCUGGCGGAGAAGCCGCCCAUCGACUGCACUGACAGGCAUCUGCUCAUCUGGAUCUUCUAUCACUUCGGCUUGCACCAUUGGGCGUUGCCACACCCAUUCAUUACCUAUCCAAUGGACGUGGUUGAUCCCGGUUUCCUCUACCCACUCGCAGACGCUAUUGCCUGCCUUCCUGGUCUCCUUCAUAGGUGCUUUAUUGGGCGGCACCCGCCCUCUGCCCCAGUCCCACCACAUUGCCGCCGGCCUGACCAUAAAGUAGUGGAGACCGAGGUUGAGGCUGAUGACGAGACCGAGGAUGAGGCUGAUGACGAGGCGGAGGACGAGGUUGGGGAGGAGACUGCGAAGAAGACUGGAGACGAGUCUGGGGAGGAGUCUGGGGAGGACUCUGGGGAGGAGUCUGGCGUGGAGAUCCGGGGGCAGACUUUCGAGGAGAUUAUGGAGGAGUUUAAUUGGGUCGUGGUCGAGUAG